GGCCAGGCCUGGGUUUCCCUCAUGUAUGGCCAGAGCCCUACGCGUGCUGUGCUUUUUCUCCUUGGCGUACAGCUCACAGCUCUUUGGCCAGUAGCAGCUGUGGAAAUUUACACUCCCCGGGUGCUGGAGGCUGUCAAUGGGACAGAUGUCAGGUUAAAAUGCACUUUCUCCAGCUUUGCCCCAGUGGGUGAUGCUCUCACGGUGACCUGGAAUUUCCGUCCUCGAGAUGGGGGCCCUGAGCAGUUUGUUUUCUACUACCAUGUGGAUCCCUUCAAACCCAUGAGUGGGCGUUUCAAGGACCGAGUGGUCUGGGAUGGCAACCCUGAGCGGUAUGAUGUCUCCAUCCUCCUCUGGAAGCUGCAGUUUGAUGACAAUGGGACAUACACCUGUCAGGUGAAGAACCCACCUGAUGUUGAUGGACUGAUAGGGGAGAUCCAGCUCAGCGUCGUGCAGACUGAAAAGAAGAAGAAAAGCUCAACCAGGAAAAAAAGGCUUCUGUUUCUUUAGAAUGCACAGAUUAAC